GAGUUAAAUUAUUACAUAGUUAUACAUUUAUUAUUAUUACAGACAUUGAUUAAGUAUAACUUGGUUGAAAUGCUAAUACAAUGUGUCUAGAAACUAAAGACAUACUCUUAUAUACAAAUUGCAUAAAACGUUUCUAAACACUCUAGGCAUCCAAAUGGUAAAUGAAGUAUUAGCUGAAGAAUUAAAAUUAAUACACGCGUUCUCACAGAAAACAUUGACAACAGAACAAUGGAAUAAUUUAAAUAAAGUUUAAUUGAUUUAUAAUUUAUAGAACAAGACCUAGCAUUAUAUUUUAUCAAGACUCUUAUAUUUUAACAUUAUAUUAAUUUUACAAAAUGAGUUCUAAUAUACAGUUUGAAGUAACUGCACCUGGAAAAAUAAUCCUUUUUGGUGAACAUAGUGUUGUAUAUGGGAAACCAGCAAUCGCGUGUGCUAUUGAUCAACAUACUACAUUAACAUUUACUGAAAGUUAUUGUAAUAAUCAAGAUUUGAAUACUAUACCAUGUCGCAUUAUUUUGCCACUCAUAAAUUAUUCAGGAAUGUUGACUAUUCAUUUGGAUGCAAAACCAACAUUUUCACCUACUGCAUAUUUUCAAGAAACCUUAAACAAAUUAAACAAAAAUGAACCAUUUCUCAAUGAAUUAGAUACAUUAUCUGGUAAUGAAAAAAAAACACUUACUGUUUUACAUUUUAUUUUUGGAGGAAUUCUAUCAUGCUAUAUGAAACAAUUAAAAAAUGUUUCAUUCACUAUUGAAAUCACAUCUGUAUUAAAGUUGGGAGCAGGAACUGGUAGUUCUGCAUCUUACUGUGUUUCUCUUGUAGCAGCUUGUUUGGCUUACGUAAAGUUUAAAAUAAAUUCUAAUGUAGAAAUACAAUUUGAUCCAUUGUUGGAUGAUUUUCAUUCACAAAGUGGUGACAAUCUGUUAAUUAUCGAGGCGUUUACUGACAACAUUACAUUCAGUGACGGGGAAAAAUGUUUGAUAAAUAGAUGGGCUUUAUUAGCAGAGAAUUUUAUUCAUACCAAAGCUUCAGGAUUAGAUAAUACUAUUUGCACUUAUGGAACAAUGGUUCAGUACACAAAACUUAAUAGCCAUAAAUUAUUGGAAGCUCCUGAAUUGAAAAUUCUUUUGAUAUAUUCAGGUGUUGAAAGAUCUACUGGAAAUGUGGUGCAGAGUGUACGCACAAAAUAUAAUGAUGACACGUAUCAACCAAUUCUUGAUGCCAUUUUUAAUUCUAUUGGACAAAUUGUAAAUGCAGCAGUCAAUGCAAUUGAUCAAAUGGCUCAAAAUCCUCUACAAGAACUUCAACAAAUUAGUGUUUUGCAAACUCUUAUGGAUAUGAAUCAAGGUUUGCUGAUGUCAUUAGGUGUAUCACAUGAAACAUUAGAUGCUAUUGUGGCGAUAUUAAAAAAGUUUGACCUCCAUGCAAAGCUAACUGGUGCUGGAAUGGGAGGAUAUGCUAUAUGUCUUGUUCCUCCUAAUAUUCAUAAAUCUAAAAUAGAAACAUGUAUGCAAGAAUUAAAAAUUUAUGGUUUUGAAUCUAAUAUUUGUACAAUUGGUUGUCCUGGAGUUAGAAUACAAACUAAAUAAAUUAAGAAAAAUUGUUUAUUAUUUUAUAUAUAGUAUACACAAUAUGCAAUUUGUCUAUAAGCAUUCAUAAUAUUCUAGUAAACAUUUAAUU